CAUAACCUCAAAAUAUUUUAAAAAGUAAACAUAAACAAAGAGUUUUUUUAAUUUAUUAUUUAUUAAGUUUGAUUCUAUAAAUCCUAGAAAAAGUCUCUAAUAUGUGAUUGUCGAUUUUAUUUCUUUUCACGAGCAUGCAAAAUAAAUAAAUUAAAUAUUUUUCCUUCUAAACGUCAAAUUUAUUAGGAGUGUCAAACUUUUGUAUACAAGAAUUCCGUUACAUUUAUUUUAUCAGACUAGAAAUAUUUUCUAUAUUAAAAUGGAAAUCUUUACGUUUAACAAGAGUCUUCAGGAGAGGCUCGUUGAGUAUACAGGAAUUCUGUCGAAUCGAGAGGAAAUUGUUUCAGCCUCGCAAAUUCGUUCCGAAUGGUCGUAUCACGUGGAAUUUGUAAUCGAACCAGUCGGCUGGCGUGCAUUGUGGAAAAUUCCAAAACUCACCUGCCAAGAUUUUCAAAUUCAUUAUCCCACAAUAGUGGCCGUUGUGAUUCAACAGGUGGAUUUUCUCGAACUUCAGGCCCUCGUGAAGAUUGUCGCCGUCCAAGAGGAGAUACAUUUGCCGGAAAAAUAUGACGUACCACUCAUUGAAUUGUAUCCAACACAGCAUCAAGACGAUAUUGCCUUGGAUAUGAUUGCAACGGCAAAUUGCAUAGACCAACUUCGAUUCUUCUACAAUUAUCUGUGGAUGCCUUGGGAUCAUGACGACGACGAUAAUUGCGAUUGGACAUUGUCGCAUCUUGAACCCAGGCUGAGAUUGUUUUUCGACAUGAAGAGAGGCAGUAUUUGUAAAAAGACCUGCGACGUUAUUCGAACGUUGAUGAGGGAAGGAAGGGAGAUAAAGGAGAAAAUUUCAAGAUUGGAAGUUGAUAUUUCUGAUGAUGAGGAUGUGCACAAUGCCUCGUUGGACGAUGGCAAGGCCUGUCAAUUGUUAAAGUUGCAUUUUCGAUUGCAACAAAUUAAAACGGAAAUGGAAGUUUUGGAGAAUCCGGCAAUGAGGGAUGUGUUAAUUAGAAAUCAAAGUUCGAGUGUUAUGGAAAUUGAGAGCAAAAGGCGGGAAAGUGGAGUCAAGAAAAUUGAGAGUUAUUUCGUUUGGCUCGGUGGAUCUUUAGAUGAGACGGUUUCUUCUUUGAAUCAAGCCAAAGGAUUUUUACCUCCCGACACAUUUGUCAAGACGUCCAGUUGUUUAAAAGAAGCUUUAGACGUUUGUGACGCAGGAGAUAUUAUUAUUCUUGGAAGAGGCGAUCAUCCUAUCAGAGGAUCAGGAAAUUUAGAAGACGGCGGAAUGAUCAAGGGAGUUGAUUCAGCCGAGAAGACGAUUAUUUGUCCCAAAGAAACUGAAAGCGGUCCGUCUUUAUUAGAUUUUUCCGGUAGAGAAGUGAUACUGGAGAAUUUGACGAUAGAUUUGGGAGAUAUUCAGGCGGGAAUUCUUGUGAGAAAAGGAACAGUAAAGUUAGAUGGAUGUCGAAUUUACACAUCCAAUCACAGUAUAAUUAAAAUAGGAAUUAUCGUUUUGCCAGGAGCAAAACUAACCGCACAAAAUACAACUUUAGUGGGAUUAGGAACUGGAAUCAUGAUUCAUUCAGGAGGAGAAGCUAAUUUAAGCGAAUGUCAUUUCGAAGAAUGCAUAGAUGGAAUUCAGCUUCAAGAUGAUUCUAAACUGACAAUGACAAACAGUCCUUUAAAAAAUCUGAAAGAAUAUGCCAUUCGUAUGGAGUCAGGAAAAUAUUUAAAUGACUGUGAAUGCAAAACAGGCGGCACUGAAUUAUUAGAAAAAAUGUCAGAAAUCUCUCUGGAAGGCUGUAAAUUUGCAAACAAUGGCAAAGGUGAUGUGUUUUUAAAAUCACAAACUACAACCUCUUUAUUAGCGAAAUCUGAGGAUAUGAUUUCGUGAAAAUAAAUUUUCAGUUUUUAAUUUAUUUUCAAAAAUAUUUUUUUUUAAAAAAGUGUAAAAUUUACACAUAAAGAGAAUCUCAAAUUCAAUUCGAAUUUUUUGUUUGUUUUAAUACUUAGUGAUGAACUGUAUAAUAAUUAGGAAUUUUAACAAAAUGAUUUCACGUAAUUUAUACUAAUACAAAAUUUUGUACCACUUUUUAUUGUCAUGAUUUGACCGUGUUUGUCUAUUAAAAAAAAGUUU